CCUUAAGUGUGGGCAUUCCCAGCCUGUGGAUUGAGAAUAAUCUCAUAACAUUGUGCAUUCCUCCUUCAUUUGGGUGACUACAGUACUGCUAGGGGUCUCUGGGGUAGCUAAUAGCUUCAUGGGAUAUUCACGCAAGUGCAGUUUUGACAUCUAGAUUUGCACUUCCCGAGGCACAUAUCAUAAAUUAGGUUGCCACUUACGCCUUGGGGUUAAAGAUUAGGGUUUCAUUUGUUAGAUUGAAAUGUUCAAAGAUAAGAAUGCUCCAAAAUUAUUAUUAUGUGAGUGAAAGCCACAAUCCUACAUCUCAAGUGCUUAAAGAUCACGAAAUUCGUUAGACAACUAUUAAGUGUUAAGCAACUGCAGAUUAUCUUUUUGCUAUAAGUCAACUUCAGCCUCUGACCGUAAGAGUUAAAAUUGUUCAUGAGAGAUCUCAAAACCUGCUGCGGUAAUGCGUGCGGUAGUCCCAUUACUGAUAUUGUUCUGCUAAGUGAUGCCAAAUGUGCAUACUACAUGUUUUGUACCGCGUUUGAGGAUGCCCACAGCUAAGAGCAUCAGCACCAAGCUCAUCAAAUUUUGGACUACAUUAUUCUUCAAAAGUCAAUUUUCCUUUUCAGGACCCUCAUGGCAGUUUCUUCCCUCGGCAAAUUCUUUCUUGAGCAGAGCUGAAAUAUGCACAAGAAGAAUACAAACGUUACCUGAACCAAGUGAGCUAAAAGAUGUGAAAAUUCAUGAAGCUUCGAGUUUGAGGCCUGAUUCUGACUCAUCAAAAUCUCUCUCCAACUCAACUGAUAACUUUGAUUCUUCUGUGAAAUUCAUGGCCUCCUCAAACUUAAAGGUAUCCUCUCGUCACGAUCUAGCGAUGGUCUUUACUUGCAAGGUCUGUGAAACAAGAUCCAUAAAGACAGUGUGCCGGGAAUCCUAUGAGAAAGGCGUGGUGGUGGCGCGGUGUGGUGGGUGCAAUAACUUACACCUGAUUUCAGAUCAUCUCGGGUGGUUUGGAGAACCAGGGAGCAUCGAGGACCUCUUGGCUGCUCGUGGGGAGGAAGUGAAAAGAGGUUCUAUUGAUACUCUGAAUUUAACACUAGAAGAUUUGGCUGGACAGGACUCAAGAAAUACGAGUGGGUAGAAUUUGUGGAAUUCCUGAAAAUGAGUUGGAGCUUUCUCAUUGGUCAAGUAAAAUUGGUCUGAUUUUCUCUCAUUGUAUUUCAUUCGUAGGCUUUUACGGAAAGGGGACUUUGAACCAAA